AUGUUUCAGCGGGAGUUCGCUGCAAAGUUGGAUCCAUCGGUGAAAUCUGCAGCUUUGAGAAAACAUGUCAAAUGCAAAGCCCAACUUCGUUAUGACGACCAGAACUUCUACGUCUUAUCCACAAAUGGAAACAAGUAUGUUCUGAAAGUGAUGAACUUGGAAGACAGCAAAAACUCCAGUCUCAUUGAGGUCCAGACCUACGCCAUGUCCUUCCUGCACCAGCACCACAUUCCAGCCCAAACAGCCACAGCCACAGUCUCUGGGAAACUCAUGAGUCUGGAGGAAUUGGAUUGUGGCUUUGGUCCGCAGAGGUACCUUGUGCGACUAUUGAGUUAUUUACCUGGAAAAACCAUAUCCAAAGUCCCGCACACACCACAGAUUUUAUUUGACGUUGGUAAGAUGGCAGCUAAAAUGGACAAAGUUCUGCAAAAGAUGGAGCAUCCGAAUAUCGCUGUGUUGGAGAGAGAUGGAUUCAUUUGGAGUUUGUCCAAUUUUCUGGUUGUGGAAAAAUACAUGCAUGUGUUAAAUGGAGAACCUGCCCUUAAAGAGGCGGUGAAGUCCGUUAUUGAACUUUACAAGACUACAGUUGUGCCCAAAUACCCACAUUUUCGUUCAUGUGUAAAUCAUGGAGACUUCAAUGACCUCAAUGUGCUUGCCCAAGUAGAUGAUGAUGGCUGCGGUAGGAUUUGUGGCAUCCUGGACUUUGGAGACAUGAACAGUGGUUUUUACGUACAUGAGCUGGCGAUCGCUAUAAUGUACAUGAUGAUAGAACAUCCCAACCCCAUAGAAGUGGGACGGUGGGUGCUGGCGGGAUGGGAGACUGAAAUCCCCCUCAUCGCAGCAGAGAGGGAGUGUCUGUACGUGCUGGUCCUGUGCCGCUUCUGCCAGUCCAUGGUCUUUGCCCGUCACUCUGUCCUCCUGCACCCAGAGAACGAGGAGUAUCUGAUGGUGACGUCCAGGAAAGGAGUCCACAUUCUCCAGGACAUCUGCAAACUGGGCAAGCAGCAUGUGGAGGGGGUCUGGUUCCGAAGUGCUGUGCUUCCAAAUUAG